UUGGUGGGGGUGCUGGUUGUGAGGGGAGUCUGGUACGAGAAGAUAUUCGACCACAAGAGGAUCAAACCCAUCGCAGAGCUGCUGCUGCGCUAUGACCAGAUCUCGAAUGCCGAGGUCCAGCAAAUUGAGAAGAGCUACGCCGAGCAGAUCAAGAGAGACGACCCUACGUCGCAACACGUGGUUGAGCGACCGGUUAAAACUACAUUCUGA